AACCAACCACAUCCACUUCCAAACAUUUCACCUGAAACAUCUCCACCCACCUUAUAGCUUGUCGGCACACCUCCCCUUCCACAUCUGUCGAUCCAUGGAGAGGAAAGCCUUGGGCAGCUACCGGAGAUCCAGAAUGGUCCCUUAGCAAGAAGCCCGCCGAAGAUUUGCCAUUUUGACGGAACACCUCCCAGUUGAGCUUCAGCACACCUCUCGCCGGCUUCAUCCAUCUGCAGACCUUAGGCUUUUCCGAGCAAAUGACUGAGGUGUUUUGCCAUUUCAUAACGCAUCCCAGUAACAUUUCCACAAAUGCCAAGUAAUCACCCCUGGCAAGAUAAGUUUGAAAAUCCCAUCCAAAUUUUUUCUUUUCUCCAAAAUCCACCAUUUCAUAAUUUAAAGUUUGAUUUGGCUGACCUUUCUUCCGUUAUAUAAGAGAGAGCUUUCAUAAAAGUUCCAAAUUGAUUGAGCCACCAGACAAGAUAGCAGUACAUGAUCCGAAUCUGCACCAACACAUCUACAGAGAGGACACCUGGAUGGAUAUGCAACUGAAAAAGAGAUAAACAUCUGGAGCAAAAGUGUGAUCCAAUGUUAGCACACCAGACUGCUAGAAAGCUUUCCAGGUGGAGAAGAUCUUGUGCCUACCGUGUGCUUGAUUAUUACACUGUGCCUGAAAUGGAACUCCAGAGUACCAAGGGUGAACCAGAGAAAGAAACAUUUUCCUUCAAGCCAUAUGAACAAAACAAAGUAUAUCUUAACAGAAAGGAGGGCAAGAGAGGAUCAUAUAUAUGGCAAAGACAAACAAACAGAUAUUCACUAAAUCCUGCCUUCAACCAAAAACCUGAUGUGCCUGGAGCAGCGCAUGAUUCUUUUCAUAUGUUACGCCACUGUUAUGGCACCCAAUCAUAUCCCAGCAAUGGCCCAAACAAGGUACUGGGAUGUAUGCCUGGGAUUGUUAGAAUAGUAGAGGUGGGUCCAAGAGAUGGCUUGCAAAAUGAAAAAAAUAUCAUACCUACAAGUGUGAAGGUUGAACUAAUAAAAAUGCUUGUUUCUGCUGGGCUGUCAGUUGUUGAAGCUACAAGUUUUGUGUCGCCAAAGUGGGUACCGCAGCUUGCUGAUGCAAGGGACGUAAUUGAAGCAAUUCAAAGUAUUGAAGGAGUGCGAUUUCCAGUAUUAACACCAAAUAUGAAAGGUUUUGAUGCUGCUGUUUCAAGUGGGGCCCAAGAAGUUGCAGUAUUUGCUGCUGCAUCUGAGUCAUUUUCUCGGUCAAAUAUAAAUUGUAGCAUUGAAGAGAGUCUCGCCAAAUAUCGUGAUAUUGCCCACGCAGCCAAAAAUCAUUCCAUUCCAGUUCGUGGAUAUGUGUCAUGUGUCGUGGGCUGUCCAGUGGAAGGAUCAAUAUCUCCUUCCAAAGUUGCCUAUGUUGCUAAACAACUUCUAGAUAUGGGUUGCUAUGAAAUAUCCCUUGGUGAUACAAUUGGGGUUGGCACUCCAGGUACGGUCGUUCCAAUGCUAGAUGCUGUUUGUGAAGUUGUUCCUGUGGAGAAGCUUGCUGUCCAUUUUCAUGACACAUAUGGCCAAGCCCUGUCUAACAUUCUUGUGUCCUUACAGAUGGGAAUCAGCACAGUGGACUCAUCUGUAUCAGGACUAGGGGGGUGUCCAUAUGCCAAAGGCGCAUCAGGAAAUGUGGCAACUGAAGAUGUUGUGUAUAUGCUCAAUGGGAUGGGAGUGAAAACAUUUGUAGAUAUCUCGAAGCUUUUGCUUGCUGGAGAAUUCAUCUGCAAGCAUUUGGGGCGACCUUUGGGCUCUAAGGCGGCAAUUGCCCUAACCCAACGAUCCCCGUCUAUUACUUCCAAACUUUGAGGUACUUUGUGGGAAGCACCCCCUAGCAUGUCUCAUGCACUGGAAAUAUCAUAUCACACUCCUAGGGAAUGAAGAGAAGGAUAUGCAAUGCUUAUAAGCUAGUGGACCUCCCCUGCAGAAUGUAUUUUUGUUUUGGACACACCAAAUGUAAUGGGUGGCAAUCCAAAAUCUUCUGUAUUUAUUGAACUGGAGCAGAGCCAGCACUAAAAUCUCCUAAAAUACAUCCUCAAUUCAAACUUCAAAGCACAUUACAAUCCUGAUAAAACCUGCUAAAUUAAGAGGCCGUUUGGCAACCCGGUUUUUCAGCUUAUUAGGCUUAUCAACCAACUUUUUCA